AUGCUGGAGAGAAAAAAUUUUAUGAAUGCAGUCAUUGCGAGAAAGUUUUCAAAUGGAGGUCUCACCUCAUUCUGCAUCAGAGAACACACACUGGAGAAAAGCCGUAUGAGUGUAUUGACUGCGGGAAAGCCUUCAGUGAUGGGUCAUCUCUUAGAAAACAUGAGAGGACACACACUGGUGAGAAACCCUACCACUGCAACCAGUGUGGGAAAUCUUUUCGGCAGCAGUCACAGCUGGUCGUGCACCAGCGAACCCAUACUGGAGAGAAACCUUAUGAAUGCAGUCAUUGUGGGAAAGCUUUCAGCCAGAGAUCUGGCCUCAUUGUUCAUCAGAGAACACACACUGGAGAGAAGCCCUAUAAGUGAACCCGUGACCUUCCGGGACGUGGCCGUGGACUUCUCCCCGGAGGAGUGGGGGCAGCUGGGCCCUGCGCAGAGGACACUGUACCGGGACGUGAUGCUGGAGACCUUCGGGCACCUGCUCUCCGUGGGCCCUGAACUUCCCAAACCCGAAGUCAUCUCCCAGCUGGAGCGGGGUGCCGAGCUGUGGGCGGCGGAGUGGGCACUGGCCCAGGCCUGCGGUCCAGGCUGGGAGCCGGGACCUGAAGGGCCCACGCCGCCCGCGGGGCAAGUCCUUCCUGAGAAAGCGUUCCCGGGUGCCCCCCGGGAAGGCUGGGGCUGCGGGGGCCGGGUCCCAGCGCCCCCGGAGAACCAGGAUGGAUCCGGGCCGGCCGAGUGCUGCCUCGAGGAAGCCCCAGCUCCAGGGAGGAGCCCGGAAACCUGCGUCCCCAGCUCGGACCUGGACUUGUGCCCCGAGAUUCCCGGGAGCGCCUCCUUCUGUACCUCCGACGUGCAGGCCGCAGACCCGGGGGGUCCCUCCCGCGCCGCCGGCCCGCAGGACCCUCCGCCCGGCCCCCUCGCGGAGCUGGCCCCGGGCCCCGCCCCGGAGAAGCCCUACAAGUGCGCGGACUGCGGCAAGUCCUUCAACCACAACGCGCACCUGACGGUGCACAAGCGCAUCCACACGGGCGAGCGGCCGUACACGUGCAAGGAGUGCGGCAAGGCCUUCAGCCAGAACUCGUCGCUGGUGCAGCACGAGCGCAUCCACACGGGCGACAAGCCCUACGAGUGCGCCGAGUGCGGCAAGCGCUUCUGCCACAGCACGCACCUCACCGUGCACCGCCGCAUCCACACGGGCGAGAAGCCCUACGCCUGCCAGGACUGCGGCCGCGCCUUCAACCAGAACUCCUCGCUGGGCCGCCACCGGCGCACGCACACGGGCGAGAAGCCCUACGCCUGCAGCGUGUGCGGCAAGGCCUUCUCCCGCACCACCUGCCUCUUCCUGCACCUGCGGACGCACACGGAGGAGCGGCCCUACGAGUGCAGCCACUGCGGCAAGGGCUUCCGCCACAGCUCCUCGCUGGCGCAGCACCAGCGCAAGCACGCGGGCGAGAAGCCCUACGAGUGCCGGCAGCGGCUGCUCUUCCAGCAGGCCGCCCUGGCCGCCGCCGCCGCCGCGCACCCCUGGGCCGGCGCCCUGGGCUGCGGCCCGGGCCUGGCCCCCGGCGAGGCCGCCCCGCGCAGCGACCGGCCCUUCCGCUGCGGCCAGUGCGGCAAGUGCUUCGUCCAGAGCUCGCACCUCAUCCGCCACCAGGUGACGCACACGCGGGACGGGCCCCGCGGGCGGAGGCGGCGGCGGCAGGAGCAGCCCCCAGGCCGCGGCCCGCACCCUCCACCCCCGCGCACAGGUGAGGACCCCGGGGCGCGGCCGCCGGCCAGCAAGGCGCUCGCCCUGUUUGACAUCCACGAGAUCCUGCAGGACAGAAAGCCCGUGCACGUGAUCGCGGUGGAGCCGCCGCCCGUGGUGGUUGACGUCAAAGAGUCCCCCUAG